UGGCUGUUUGGUUGCUGUCUCGGGGUUCCUUGGUGGGUUGGUUGCUACCUCGGAGUUCCGUGGUUGAUUGGGUGCUACCUCGGAGUUUCGUGACUGAUUGUUUGCUGUUUUUCUUCUUUUUCUCUUCAUGGCAGAGAUUCCUAAGGAGAAUCCAAAAAUUGAAUCUUCCAAAAGGGGGCUGGUCUCCUUUGCCUUUUCUGGAUCACCUACUAUUACAUCUGAAAAGCUUAAUGGUAAAAAUUAUUUGGAUUGGUCCACUGCGGUUGAAAUGUGGUUUUUAGGUCAGGGUCUCUAUGAUCAUCUUACUAAAAGGGCGUCCGAAAUUGAUAAAGAGGUGAGAGAUGAAUGGCAACGGGCAGAUUAUCAACUUGUAUCUCUAUUGUGGCAGUCCAUUGAGCCUAAAUUAAUGGUGCAUUUUCGUCCGUACAAGACAUGCUAUGAUAUUUGGAAGAAGGCUCGAAAUGUCUAUGCCAAUGAUAUCCAAAGAAUAUACGAGUGUGUUCAUGGUCUGGCAACUCUUCGUAUGGUUGAUAAUGAUUUGCCAACGUAUUUGAAUCGUGCUCAAUCCACUAUUGAUGAGCUCAAGCUAAUGUUGGUUAGUGAUGAUCCUCAACAAAUAUUAAACAAACUUGAUAAUAUGUUUAUGGUGUUUAUCCUUCAAGGACUCCACAAAGAUUACGGAUCUGUUCGAGAUCAAAUCUUGACAAAUCCUGUCAUUCCUACAGUAGAAGAACUCAUAGAUCGACUGAUUCGGGUCCCUUCACCAGAGGCAGAUCCUCACACAGAAUCUGAGUCCUCUGCUUUUAUCUCUAGUACAGCUGACCGUGGAAGUCGAGGGCGUGGUCGAGGUCGUGGUCGUGGUAAAGGGGGUAGAGGAAACCUCCAUUGUACCUACUGUCAGAGAGAUGGACAUACACGAGACAGGUGUUAUUCCUUGCAUGGCUUUCCGAGCAAGACAGCUAAUGUGGUUCAAUCUCCAACUUCAGCUCCAGAGCUCAAGAUUGAACCGGAGGGCAAUCAUCCAAUCACAUUAUCUACCGAUGAUUACCAAGAGUAUCUUCAAUUGAAGGCAACUAAACAGGCCUCCUCUUCCAUCACUGUUGCUCAUACUGGUAAUUCUACAGUUUGUCUCUCUCAUUCUACUUCUAUUGGACCUUGGGUUUUGGACUCCGGUGCUUCUGAUCACCUAACUGGACCGGAGUACGGGACAGACGAUUGGAGCCGGAUCUGAAUCACAUGGUCUCUACUACCUUCAGCCUUCUACCUCUACCAUAUGUGCAUCUAUUGAGUCUCCUGGUUUAAUUCAUCGUCGCCUGGGUCAUCCAAGCUUGAAUAAAUUAAAGAAAAUGGUACCUCAUCUCUCACGGUUGGUGUCCUUAGAGUGUGAGUCGUGUCAAUUAGGGAAGCAUGUUAGAGCAUAUUUUCCUAAUAGUAUUAAUAGUCGAGCUAUGUCUCC